CUUCCGGAACAAGUCAGUUCAUCGAUUAUGAGUCCGGAAGAAUUUCUGUUAUAAAUCACUCUAUUUUGACAGCUCACGGACAAGAAAUUCAUUGUUUUAUUGCGAAACUUAUUGCGACAAUGUUCAAAAAAGAGAACUUGAGAAAAAAUUUCCUGCGUGUAAAGCAGACAGCAGAACAAAAAAUAGGAAGAAGUGAAAAAACAGAAGUACUUUCUGAUGACUUGCAGACAGCUGAGAAAAGAGUGGAGCUUUUAAAGCAAGUCUCAUCAAAUACUUACAAAAAAUUAAGUUCCAGUCUUCUAGUUGCCAACACAUCAGCCAGUGAUGCAGAUAAAAGACUUAAAAAGAUGCCUGAAGCUGGGUUGGGCCAUGGCAUGGUGGAGUCGGCCUCAACACUUGGUACAGAAUUUAUCAUAGGUCAAAUGUACCAGAUGUGUGGAGAGUGCCAAACCCUGCUUGCUAAAAAUCAUCUAGAGUAUGAACAAGAAAUUGAAAAGACUGUUUUGGAACCUAUUCAUGAUAUUAUUGAGAAUGAAAUACCAAAUAUAGCCAAACUCAAAAAGGCUCUCAACAAGGUCACACUUGAUAUGGACUCAGCUAAAAAUAGGUGGAAUAGCGCGGUCCGUCAGACCCAGACCCCGGGGGUGAACAUGCAGGCGGCUGCACAGAAAGUGGACGCAAUCAAGGAUGAACUGGAUGAGGCAAAUACUCGUGUUGACCAGGCAAAGGAUGCUUACACAACUGGUCUGUUCAGCUUUAUAUCAAGAGAGAGUGAACAUAGUCAAAACCUUCUGUCUCUAUUACAAGCCCAGGCCAAAUACCAUCAGAGCGCUUUAGACAUGAUCAACGCCAUCAUACCAAGGAUGCAGGAGUCGUUGCUGUGUAACCCUGUGAAGCCGGUGUACGGUAUGGCCCUUGAGGAGCACCUGCGCUGCACCAACAGAGACAUAGCCCAGGUCAUAGAGGCCUGCGUAUGCUACCUGCUGGAGUGUGGCAUAGAAGAAGAGGGCUUAUUUAGAAUAGCAGGCAUGGCCAAUAAAGUCAAGAAAUUAAAGGCCUCAUUUGAUGCUGGUUUUGACCUAGAUGACACCACGGACAUAGAUCCACACACAGUUGCCAGUGCCCUCAAACAGUACCUUAGGGAAUUACCAGAACCAUUGUUGACCUUCCAGAAGUUCCCAGAGUUCAUGGCGGCUGCACAAUUACCUGCAGAACAAAGAUUACAGGCACUGUGGGUAGCUGUUGACCAUUUACCCAAACCAAAUUAUGACAACUUUAGAUAUUUAGUGAAGUUCUUGUCCAAGCUGAGAGAGAAAUCGGACAUAAACAAGAUGACCCCCGGCAACAUUGCCAUAGUGAUAGGACCCAACUUGAUUUGGUCUGAGGGGGACAGUGGACAAAACAUGAUGAACACUGGAAUUCUAAGUUUGAUUACUGAGCUCAUAGUACAACAUGCAGACUGGUUCUUUCCUGGAGACCAGAAUUUUACAGCCACGGCAAGGGACUGUGCCCCAGAACAUAAAAGUCAACAGCGACCCUUGGUGACCCCUAAGUCAGGUCAGAGAGAGGUCAAGUCUGUUUUCAUGGGGUCGACCAAUGCAAAGCCAGCCCCACCCCAGAGGUCAAGGUCACAGUCGGCAGUAGGUUUGGCCUGUACAGGAACAGUUUCCAGCACGCCGAAUAUUCCUGAUUCCUCCUCCAGUGAAACCAACAGCCUGUCAGAGGAAUCGCAGGAUCUGAAGGCAUAUGAGGGGGCUAGCACUCUGGAGAGAAAAGACAAUGUUGACCGUUUUUCUACUGCCUCAGGGGACUUAAGUCUGGAUUCAGCAAAGGAUCAUAAUUCCACUGCCACUAAACCUCCCAAGCCAGUGAUCUCACCAUUUAACCCAAAUGAACGCAAAAUGUAUCGCACUGCCAGCACAAAGAAAAGUCCCGCACCAAAACCGAGAGCUGAGUCUGUUCCCAAUGAUUUGCCGUCCAAACAGCCCGCAGCGACAUGCGCCUCAACAAUGCAAAAUGUGCACUCAGAAAUGUACAGCACGGCGUUUGCACUUCAGUCGCUUGGGAAUGGAGGGAACGGCAAGUGGCCGGAAUAUUUGAGCACGGUCCGAAACAUGUGGGAUGAUAAACUCCACGAGUCAACUAGCAACAGUGGAGGUCAAGGUCGGGCAAGGUCAGAUCAGGAGGUGAAUUUUGGAGGGUACAGUGGGGAGAAUAGUCCGCAGUUGAAUAAAUCCAGCAGCUCAUCGGAGCCCCAAUCUCUAGAGAAGUCCACCUCCAAUCAGUCAUCUACAGGAUCACCAUUCUCAAGUCCACCAGUUAAUCAGGAAGCUCGAGUUGCCAUGGUAACAUCCAGUACCCUGCCCCCUGCUUCACGGUCCCCUUCUGUGUCCCCCAACACGAGCAGUUCACACCUGUCUGGAGCCCCCCUGGCAGAAAGUGAGGAUCUGCAAGUCCCGGGCUCUCUGCAGCGCCGGGUCACACGAAAACCGGCACCCCCUCCUCCGCCCGAGCGACCGCACUCUGUGGCAGUGACCGCAAGCUUUAAGCCCCUGGCUGCCGCCUACCAGACCUGGCCGAGACAGGCCGCGACACCCAUAGCUGAGGACGAGGACAACAUCGAAAAAGGCUCAGAGAUUGAGGAGACCAGAGCCGAGAAGCCAGAGCGCCCUCACCCUCCCGACAGAGUGUCCUCCCUUCCCCACGGUGCUAGUCAUAUGCACUCCGACCGGCCUAAAAUUCCGCCUCCCUUAGUUCCCCCCUCGCACAAGAGAUCUGCCUCGACCGGAGCGCCUGUGACCAUACCUGGCAAUGGGUUACAAUGCACCAAGUUUGAUUCCACGUCAGGUAGUCCGUAUUCAAGCACCGCUUUGAGUGGUGACCACGAAUCGCCACCAGUGCUCACUAACAGCAACAACCAGCUUUCUGUCGCACAGACUGUAGACAGUAAUAACUCUGUAUCUAGCAGCUUGUCUACUAAUAAGCAGAUCACAGCACGAUCCCUGCGAGUCCUUCCUCCCCCUCCCCCUCCUCCUGAGGCCACAAUUGUUGAACAAACUCAUCUGUAAUGAGUCUAGACUGUGAUAUAUACAUGUUAUGCUUGGGUGUUAUCUACUUUUCAUGUAGAGGACUUAUUUAUGAAUCAUGUUAUAGUGUGGAUAGCUUGUACAUGAAUUUUUAUGACUAGGUAGUGAAUCUUCACUUAACAACAGAAUAUGUAUGUAAUUGAAUAGGGUUUUUGCAUGUAUAAUGACUUAAUUUUCAAAGCCUAUUUUCCAUCACCAGUAUAAUGAAAACGUAAAAAAAACAUUUAAAUACAUUUGUAAUGUUUCACUAAAAAGUAACAAGAUAUAAUGUGACAUUAACAGCCACAAUGUACUUGUUUCUUUCUUCACAAUACUUUAUGAUAUGAACUCCUGAGUCAUGUUUAAAAUUCAUAUGUUGAGAUUUUCUAAAGUCGUGUUGCAAGUUAUCCACACUGAUCUUCGUGAUACUUUGAAAGCUUCUUCUUUACAUGGGACAUGUAUUCCCACAACUCCUGUAGAAAUCUUUGACUUCACUUGAGUUCAUCUUAAAAUAAUGAUGCAUAAGUUAUAACUUUCCAUAGAAGUUGUGUGAAUACCUCCCAGGUCUUUUUCUCUGCACAAUACAUUUACCUUGGCCAUGCGAUAUUUUCUGUCUCUGGCUUUCUUGUGCUAUUUAUUCCUAGUAUACACACUAGACAUGUACAGUAAUUAAAGUAUAGAUAGAUAGUGUUCAUUCAAUUUUAACUUACUAGAAUGUACAUAUGUACAUAGUUCUGGUACGAUUGUACAGUAUUUAAUGUAUAUUUAUGUGCUGCAGUUAAACAGACAUUUUUUUCAUAUUGUUUGUGUAAUGUUGUCACUUAAUCAUGUUUCUGGUUCACUUUAGAUGUUGCAAUACAUUUUAAUGAAUUUCCAAAUUCAUUUUUUGCAAGCUAUGAAUAAAAUUACUCUUUGAAUUUAGGGCAAUUUACCCCAAAGCACAAUCUAACAAAAUGUCAUAAUCCAAAUUUUGAUUAUUCCCUAUAUUUCUAUAUGUUGUUUUUCUUCACUUUUAUGAUGGCAUAAUUUUAUUGCGGCUGUUAAAAAAAGACAUAAUAUUUACACAAUAAUGCCCUAACUGUUUGCUACAUUCAAUUAUUUUAUGCCAGAAUUUAUCAUAAGCUAAAUGGUCUAAUGAGCUGGAAGCACUUUUGUGCUUUCAGUGGAAUAAUUAACUUACAAACCAGUAAACCAUUGUGCAUGAUACAGUAUUGUUGAAAUCAUCUAGAUGGUGAACAGUUUGAUAUUGUCUUACAUAUCUGUAUAAAAAAAGACUGUGCUUUUUGUUAAAAUAUAGCUUGAAUAAAGAUGGUAUUUAUUCUUAUUUAGUAAGAUUUUGUGUUUAGGUAUUACACUUUAUCAUAAUUUGUAUUGCCCAAAGUUUGUAUAACCAAUAAUGUUAUGUACCUGAAAUAUUUAUUAUUGCUGCCUUUAACAAUUAGGACUUGUAUCACCAUUUUCUUAGUUAAAUUAAAUUACCCUACAGUAUUUUUUUUGUGUGAACUAUAAUAAAUUCUAUUAGUGUUAUAUGGAACUACAAGAAAUAAAUGAGUUAGUAACGUUUGAAGUAUGAAGUAUGAAUUAAUGCGGCAUUGACAUUAAGGUACUCAAUUAUUAUUGUUUCUGUAUUUUAUUAUUUUACCAGCUUGGUUUUAGUACCUAACAGGAGUGCUGUUGUCAAGAUUUUAUUUUUUUAUCUACACAUUUUAUUAUGUUUGUCUAGUAUUCUUAUGUGUGAAACCUAAGAGAUUCCAAAAUUUGACUGGGACAACAAUACACUGUCUGUUACAUGUGAAAUGAUUUCCUAUAAUAACCAUAGGAAGUGGACACCAUUGAGUUUAGAAUAGGUAGUGCCGUAGGACUUGAAUUGAUAAGACCUCGACUCGACACACACAGUGUCUGACUAUAUUAUUCUUAAUGUUGUUAAUGAGUCAGAAAGAGACACAUAUAUCCAUAAAUGGACAAUUUCAAAUAUAUGAACUAUAUGUAAAAGUUUGUGGUGUGUAGCUAUUAUUUAGCAUGGAAGUUAUGGCUGUAUGGCUUUAUCACAUUUGUUUAACUCUGUCAGAAUGUCAAUAUUUCAUAUUCAUUUCAAAGUCUUCAUUCUUUGCAUUUGUUUGGUGUUCCUUUUUUUAAUGGACUUUUGGUCAUUGUUCAAGGUUUUGUAAAUUCAAAUGAGAAAGCUUCAUGAGGCUAUUUAACAAUUGAUCACAAUCUUGCAUUUGUUGGCUCAAAAACUGUCCCUAUUUAUCAACUUGUUACAAUUAUCUUGUUUUUCAAGUGAGGAACAUUAUUACAGCAUCCGACUGUGUAAGUUUUCUCCACACUUUAGUAGCAUCCUGGUAAAUGUUGGGAACCUGCUUUAGAUUGCAUCAAUUGCUUUUGGCUUCAAAUUGUGAAUUGUAGUAUUUCAUGAAAUUAUCAGGACAUUUUUCUUUUAUGUUUAAAACAUCUUACAAAUGUAGUGAUAUAAACGCACUAUUUAAUUAUCUAAAGAAAAUUUACUAAAUGAUUCUUUUAUGGUUAAAAUUGUCCUUGUACAUUGGGUUUAAAGAUAACAUUUAUAUGCCAGUACCUUACUUCAAACUCUUACUGACAAUCAUGUUUGUAUAAAUUGUACAAGAAACUAAACAUUUCUGUAUAUUAAAAAUUAGUUGUAUAUUUAUUAUGGUAGACGGCCAUUUAUCACAGUAAUCAGAUCACAAUUUUCUGCAGAGUGAUGUUUCCCUGAAAUGUAGUUCUGGAAUCACCAUAGAAGUUUGUCUGUCUGUCUGUCAGUAGACACACAAUAAUCUGGAGAAAUUCUGGUACACAUCUCAUUAUGCAAUAUUCAAGCAUACAUGUAUUGUUCCUUAGUAUAUUAAGUAGUGCAUGUUGGAUUGUUUUCAUCCCAUGUUAAAAUGACUAAUGUUAUGCCUCUUGUUCAACUCAUCCAGGUACAAUGUCUGUAUCAUUACCUGGUACUAGCAAAUAUACAUCUCUGAAAUUACAACUUCCAGAUGAGUCAUAUUUGUAAUGUAACACUUUAUAUGAGCCAUCUUAUUUGUUUAAUUGAAUCAUGACACUGGGGUUAAAGCUGUUGAUUCACAGGAUGUCAAAUAGUUUAUAUAGACUGAAUAGUGAAAUAAACUAAAAUGAUGUUUUGAUGUAGAUGUUUUCCUCUGAAACCACAACGCCCAAAGGUUUUAUAUUAGGCAUGUAACAUUGUGUUGUAGUUGUUUUCAAACUUUGUUGGAUUAAAAUUCUGGGUUCAAACUAAAUACACCUCAGGGUCCAAUACUUAAAUGUCACAAUUGUUACCUAUUACUAUAGAUGGCAGUGUGGGGUAUUCGUGACAACUGUGCAAAGCUUAAUAUUAAAUUGCAUUCAACUACGGCCUAUUUACAACCACUGCUGAAAGGUACUUUAGUGCAAAUACAUUGUCAAAUUAUCAAAUUAAGUUUAUUGUAUUUUCAUGUUGAUUAUAUAUACAUGUAUCUAACCAUCGUUAUUCCUGUUUUUGCAAGAGCUUUCCAUAGAAAACAAACUAUUCUUGUUUCUUACCUUAAACAUUUGCAUUUGACCAAUGUGUCGUGUUUAUGUACUGGAAUUCAUUUCUCAAAUACAUUUUAAAAAGCUCUUGAUAUAAAAUGCAAUUCUUACCAUUGUUGUUUUAUCAAGCAUAUGCAAGCUCAAGCAUCAAAACACACUUUUGACUUCCUACACCUUUCAUAAUUGAUAAUCUAAAAAGUUGGCACUAUACUUGUAUUAAUUGUAGUUACCAUCUUCUGGAUAAAGGCUUUAUGCUUUUUAUGAGGGCAAUGGCUUUUAUUUUUACAGUCAUAGACUAAAUUUUGGUUAUUGUUUUUUAUGUAAGUAUAAUCCAUUUUUUGUUCAUAUUCUAACAUAAGUGCUGGGAAUCUUUUACAUAUCUGUAUAGUGUACUUGUAGUUAGUUGAAUGACAUCAUAAGUAAUGCAUUGUGGUGAAGAGCCAAGAUAUUGUUUAAUAAUUUUUAGCUCGGCUGUUUUCGGAGAAACCUCGAGGUAUUGUCAUAGCCAGCUCGUCGUCCGCCGUCCACAUCGUGCUAAAACCUUAACAUUUUGUUAAGGUUUUGAACAUUGGCUCUAAAAUCAGAGUGCUUCAACCUACAACUUUGAAACUUAUAUGUAGCUGCACCUUGAUUAGUUCUACAUGCCACACCCAUUUUUGGGUCACUAGGUCAAAGGUCAAGGUCACUGUGACCUCAAAAGAAUUAAUAA